AAAAAAAUUUUGUCGAGCGAAAUUCCUCCACGUAACGCAGGCGUGCUAUUAUUUAGAUUUUAGUCGUUUUUCAUUUAAAUUACACCCGAAUAGAGUAAUGUGGGCUUAAAGAGGAUAAUUUCUGGCUACCUUAUCAUACUCACUGCCAAGGAAAUAUUAUAUACGAUCAGGAUGAAGGCCUUAAGUCUUCUUCUGAUCGCGGCUUUGGGAGUUAGUGGGGCUUUUGCCGUCGAUAGGAACAAUUUUAAAACAUGCGAACAAUCGGGGUUUUGCAAACGUCUCCGAGCUUUUAAGCCAGAAAAAUCUCAGUAUACUUUGAAUGUGGACAGUGUUUUUGUCCACGGCAACGUUUUCUCAGCGGAGGUGGUUACUGUUGAUUUGGAGAAGAAAAAUAUUCUGUGGCGCUAUGCCCUGAGAUUGUCGGCCCUCGCAGAUGGCACCUUCCGGGUGGAAAUGGAUGAGGCUGACCCUCUUUACCCUCGGUAUAGGACACAGAUUGCUCUUGAGGACGAACCUAAGGGUGAUGGCUUGAAACUGAUAUCACAAGAAAAUGGGAAGUUAACCCUAGCCAACACCCAGGGUCACAAAGUGAUUAUCACAACAGAGCCCCUGAAAAUUGAGUUUGUAGAUCACACCGGUGAAGUGGCAGUGGUGUUGAAUGAGAACUCUCAGCUGGUUGUGGAGCCCCUGCGGGUGAAGACGGAGAAGAUUGGUGAAGAUGAUGAACAGGGGAAUGCUGUAGAAGAGCCAGAAGGCACAUGGGGAGAGAACUUCAAGGGUCAUCAUGACAGCAAAUCGCGCGGCAACGAGGGCGUGUCGCUCGACGUCGCCUUCCCUGGCGCUAACCACGUCUAUGGUAUACCGGAACACACAGACAACUUCUACCUGAAGACGACGACGUCCGGCGAACCCUACCGUCUAUACAACUUGGACGUGUUCGAGUACGAACUUGACAGUCCCAUGGCCAUAUAUGGCGCUGUGCCCGUGCUAUACUCGCACAGUGCGAAACGUUCAUCGGGCGUGUUCUGGCACAACUCAGCGGAGACGUGGGUCGACAUCGUGAACUAUAGUGAAGGCAACGUGGUCUCCUCGCUCGUCAACUUCGUCACCGGCGGACAGAAGCAACGGGUUGACGCCAGAUUCAUCAGUGAGUCCGGCAUCGUGGACAUAUUUGUGCUGUUGGGAGAAAAACCGGCAGAUGUGUUCAGGCAAUACACCACUCUCACGGGGGUCGCACCUAUACCACCGAAAUUCUCGCUGGCGUACCACCAGUCGCGCUGGAACUACAACGACGAGGCCGACGUGCGUGCCGUAGACGACGGCUUCGACCAGCACGACAUCCCCGCCGACACGCUGUGGCUCGACAUCGAGUACACCGACAAGAAGAAAUACUUCACAUGGGAUGUGGAACGCUUCAGACACCCCACUGAGAUGGUCGCCAACCUCACUGCCAAGGGCCGUAAACUGGUGGUGAUUAUAGACCCUCACAUCAAGCGAGAAGCUGGUUACUUUGUACACGAGGACUGCACUGAGAAGGGCUACUAUGUUAAGAACAAGGAUGGCAACGAUUAUGAGGGGUGGUGCUGGCCCGGUUCGUCGUCUUACCCGGACUUCUUCAACCCGGAGGUGACCAAGUACUAUGUAGAGCGGUACCGGUAUGAAAACUUCCCCGGCACCAGCAAGGAUGUGCACAUAUGGAACGACAUGAAUGAGCCCAGUGUUUUCAAUGGUCCUGAAAUCACGAUGCCCAAAGAUUGUCGUCACUGGAAGCCCCCUCAGGACGGACAAGACGGACUCGCCGCAUACUGGGAACAUAGACACGUCCACAAUGAAUACGGGCAGUGGUACAUCAGAGCCACGCAGCAGGGCAUGUUGGCGCGCUCGGACGGCAAGUACAGGCCCUUCAUACUGACCAGGUCCACCUUCGCUGGUACACAACGUUAUGCAGCAGUGUGGACAGGAGACAACGCCGCGGAGUGGGGCUUCCUGCAAGCGUCCGUGCCCAUGUGCAUCUCCCUCGCGACUGCCGGCAUCAGCUUCUGCGGCUCCGACGUCGGCGGCUUCUUCAAGAACCCCGACGCGGAGCUGAUGACCAGGUGGUACCAGGCGGGCGCGUACCAGGCGUUCUUCCGCGCGCACUCGCACAUCGAGACGAAGCGGCGCGAGCCGUGGCUGUUCGACGCCACCACGCUGGCGCGCAUCCGCGACGCCGUGCGCCGCCGGUACGCGCUGCUCGACUUCUGGUACACUCUGUUCUACGAGCACAUGAUCGACGGUCUGCCCGUCACGCGCCCGCUGUUCCAGGAGUUCCCCAAGGAAGAGGCCACAUUCACCAUCGACAAUCAGUAUCUAUUGGGUGACAAGCUGCUCAUCAGGCCGGUGCUGGAGCAAGGCGUGACGAGCGUGAAGCUGUACCUGCCGGCCAAGGAGACCAGCACGCUGUGGUACGACGUGGACUCGUACCAGGUGGUGACGGCUAAUGGAUGGAUCAAUUUGGAUGUUACUAUCACUAAGAUACCGGUGUACCAGCGCGGCGGCACCGUGGUCCCGCGCAAGGAGCGCGUGCGGCGCGCGUCCGCUCUCAUGGCCAACGACCCUUACACGCUCGUCGUCGCUCUGGACGCUAACAACACAGCUCGCGGCACCGUGUACAUAGACGACGGAGAGACGUACGAGUACAGGUCCAACAAAUACAUCUACGGCAGCUUCGACUACCAGCCCACCGCCUUCACUUACAAAUUCAUCAACGAAGACGCGAACUACCCAACUCGCUCCUGGGUGGAGCGCAUAGUAAUAGCCGGCAUCAAAAACGCCCCCAAAUCCGCCAAACUAGUCCAGGGGGGCAAACAGACCCCCCUCCAGAUGACCCUCCACAGGGGCAACGACGUCCUUGUCGUGCGCAAACCCGCUGCUUCUAUGGCUAGUCCAUGGGAAAUACAAUUCACAUAUUAAAUUUUAAACAAUAUAUUUAUAGUGAAUGUAUUUUAGUUUAUGCUUGGACAGUUCGAUAUACUUAUUUAUAUAAAUUCACUGGCUCCUAGACUAUGAUAAAACUGACCAGAGGGCCUAGUGGCAGUUUGAUACUGUUACUAUCGCGUUAACGUAAACGCAAUUUCUAAGGAAUUGAAACAGCGCUAUCUCGUGACACUAUUGACGACCUCCGCGGCGCAGUGGUAUGCGCGGUGGAUUUAUAAGACGGAGGUCCUGGGUUCGAUCCCCGGCUGGGCCGAUUGAGAUAUUGUUAAUUGCUCCAGGUCUGGCUGGUGGAAGGCUUCGGCAAUGGCUAGUUACCACCCUACCGACAAAGACGUACCGCCAAGCGAUUUAGCGUUCCGGUACGAUGUCGUGUAGAAACCGAAAGGGGUGUGGAUUUUCGUGCUUCUCCUAACAAGUUAGCCCGCUUCCAUCUUAGACUGCAUCAUCACUUACUACCACGUGUGAUUGUAGUCAAGGCCUAACUUGUAAAGAAUAAAAAAAAUAAUAAAAAAAACUACUACACAACUGUUUCAAUUCCAUAUAAAUUCGCGUUUACGUCAACGCGAUAGUAACAGUUUGGAAAUAUUGAAAACUCCCAAUAGGCACACUGAGUGUCUCAUCAGUGAUGAAUUUUAAGUGAAUAUUAUGUAUUUUUUGGAAUACACUAGGAUUGAGAUUUUCUUAAUUCCAGCAUGGCUAGUUACCCUACCGGCAAAGACGUACCGCCAAGCGAUUUAGCGUUCCGGUACGAUGUCGUGUAGAAACCAAAAGGGGUGUGGAUUUUCAUCCUACUCCUUACAAGUUAGCCCGCUUCCAUCUUAGAUUGCUUCAUCACUUUCCAUCAGGUGACAUUGUAGUCAAGGGCUAACUGGUAUAGAACAAAAAAAACAUUCAUUCUGAUUUGUUAGCCCUUUAUAUAGGUGAGUUUUUAAGAAGAGCAUAGUAAUGAAGACUUAUUAUUUUAGAAUAAAAUAGCGUCAUAAAUAACAUAAAUUUUACAUGAAAACGAAAUAACUUUGAAUGUUCUUCUAUUAAAAAAAAUCUAAUUAAACUCUCGUCACAGAUAUUUGCAAUUUUAUUGAACGAUUUGCUAUUUUCCGAAUUAUAUUAAGGUGUGAAUGUCAUAAAGCUCCUCUUAACAUAAAUAUUUAAAUAUGUAUAAAUGAUGUGUAAUAAAUAUUCAAUACAGAACUAGACAUUUUGUAGAUAAAAAGUUCAUCUUUGUAAAAUGAUAAGUAUUUGAAACAUGGGAUAUGAAGAAUUUUUUUUUUAAUUGCUUACUACAGGGUAGGCAAAGAUCAGUAACCAUACAGCAUAUUCAGUUUUGAUUUAUAUAAUCUGUGUCAAGGAAUUGUUCAAAAUGCUUGGAACUUUAUUGGUGUACUAAUGUGAAAUAAAAAAAAACUAUUAUUCCAAGAGUUACUUUACAAUAAAUUGGUAAUUAUUAUAGAAAUUUUUAUUUAUAUGUCAUGAGGCUACACAUUUGUUUAAUAUAAUUACUUCGCACAACAUUACAAUUGACUAUAAGUAGCGACGCCCAUAUUGUAAAAAUUCAAUAUGGCGGCUAAACCAUAGACAACUAUUAAUUGAUUAUGCAACACGGCUAAAACUCACGUGAUAUUACGUCGGAGUAUGCCCGACUAGCAGUCAGUUUGGAUCGUGCCGCGAUGCAAGCACCAGCUCAUGACUAAGGGCCCCGUAUGGGUUCGAAACUAGUCGGGCAUACUCCGACGUAAUAUCACGUGAGUUUUAGCCGUGUUGCAUAAUCAAUUAAUAUGAAUAACACUCACGAUAGUUUAAAUUCUAACAUAGACAACUACUUACUCAAAGAAAUUAUUGUCGGUUUUGAUAGUAUCAACUCAUAGUUCAGGGUCUUAUUUAUUUUCAAGCUUUGCCAUCAUGUAUUCUAUAUUUAUGUGUAUCAAUAAUAACCAAGCAGGUAUUUUUAGUAGCGCAAGGAUUUAUUUUAGUGAUAUUAUGAAAUAGUAAAACUUAAAUAUUAAUAAUUAAAUAAUAAAAUCUUUUUAAAUGUAACAACUAUUAUUAUGUAAUAGAUAUUAUUUAUUACUUACCUACGUUUUCAUCUACAAUAUAUUUGUAUAUAUUUUUCUUUCUGAAAACAGUCUGAAACCUUUAUAUUUCUUACAUACGUGUUAAUACGUUAAGUACUAUCGAGUUUUAAAGUUUUGCUACAAAAUAUUUGUUUUAAAAAUAAAAGCCGAAUAAAAAUUAUGUCAAAUUCAAGACAAUUACACACGCCAUUUCCUUUUUAGAGCAAAUAUUUUGUCAUUGACCACGAACCUAGUUAAGUAUGGGUUCUUGAUUUUUACAAUCCACGUUUUGUGAUUAUGAAAUAAAAUUACAAUUUUAAUAUUU